AUGGAAGGACAUGUUUUUGCUAGGCGGUUGAAAGAACACAGGAAACAAAAGAAUGUUAUGCCACAUGACAUACUCUCAGUAGUAAAGGACCAUGACGAGAAUAAUGUUUCUACACUAAGAACCAUAUACAAUGCACGUCUCAAACUUCACUCGUCCAAAAAUUACGGAAAAACUCCAAUGCAGGUUCUAAUGGAAAUUUUGAACGAGAAACAUUUUAUUACAGAGUUCUUCGUAAAUAGUAUUUCAAAUGAAUUGGAAAAUCUAUUCUUCCUUCAUCCGCAGUCGUUGAAUAUAUGGAAAGCAUUAACACAUGUUUUGAUUAUAGAUGCAACAUACAAGACCAACAAAUAUGAUAUAUCUGUUUGUCUUGGGUAUGGAGAAGAUCAAUGGAUAUACGUUUGA